AUGUCUUACGGCGGAGGCUACGGCGGCGGCGGUUAUGGUGGUGGCGGAUACGGAGGCUCAAGAGGCGGCGGAGGAGGCUACGGCGGCGGCCACUCGAACGGGUACGACUACUACGGGAGGCAAGAUUAUGGCUCGCGCGACUCCUAUUCCUAUGGAUACAGCAACGGCAACAGCUACGGCGGCAACACGAACGGCUACUCCGGCGGCGGCGGAUAUGGUGGAGGUGGCAGUUUCGGCGGAGGCGACAAGAUGUCCAAUCUCGGCGCUGGGCUGAAGGCACAGAACUACGACCUCAACUCGCUGCCAAAAUUCGAGAAGUCGUUCUACAAGGAGCACGCAGAUGUCGCAGCUCGCCCAAAGCAUGAGGUCGACGCGUUCCGCCAGAAGCACCAAAUUGCCGUCACCGGCGAGGAUGUGCCCAAGCCCGUGCAGUCUUUCGACGAAGCUGGGUUCCCUGCGUACGUCAUGUCUGAAGUGAAGGCGCAAGGCUUCUCCAACCCCACCGCAAUCCAAUCUCAGGGCUGGCCAAUGGCUCUUUCUGGUCGCGACGUCGUCGGUAUUGCCGAGACCGGUUCUGGAAAGACCCUCACCUACUGCUUGCCUGCGAUCGUCCACAUCAACGCCCAGCCACUUCUCGCUCCCGGUGACGGACCCAUCGUCCUCAUCCUCGCUCCUACUCGUGAGCUGGCCGUCCAGAUCCAGGAGGAGGUCAGCAAGUUUGGCAAAUCGUCGCGGAUCCGCAACACCUGUGUUUACGGUGGUGUGCCGAAGGGUGGCCAGAUCAGAGAUCUCGCUAGGGGCGUUGAGGUCUGCAUCGCUACCCCGGGUCGCCUCAUCGACAUGCUGGAGUCUGGAAAGACUAACCUUCGUCGCGUCACCUACCUGGUUCUUGACGAGGCUGACCGCAUGCUAGACAUGGGUUUCGAGCCGCAGAUUCGCAAGAUCAUCGGACAGAUCCGCCCAGACCGUCAGACGUGCAUGUGGUCUGCAACCUGGCCAAAGGAAGUCCGUCAGCUUGCGUCAGACUACCAGCACAAAUUCAUCCAGGUCAACAUCGGCUCCAGCGAACUGGCUGCCAACCAUCGCAUCACCCAGAUCGUGGAGAUUGUGUCCGACUUUGAGAAGCGUGACCGCAUGCUCAAGCACAUGGAGCAGAUCAUGGAGGACAAGAGCCACAAGGUCCUGGUCUUCACCGGCACCAAGCGUGUUGCGGACGACAUCACUCGCUUCCUGCGCCAGGACGGAUGGCCAGCACUCUCGAUUCACGGCGACAAGGCGCAGAACGAGCGCGACUGGGUGCUCAACGAGUUCAAGACGGGCAAGAGCCCAAUCAUGGUCGCUACCGAUGUGGCCUCGCGUGGUAUUGACGUCAAGGACAUUACCCACGUGCUCAACUACGACUACCCGAACAACUCAGAGGACUACGUCCAUCGCAUCGGCCGUACUGGUCGUGCUGGUCGCCAGGGCACCGCCAUCACCCUCUUCACUACUGACAACUCAAAGCAAGCUCGUGACCUCGUCAGUGUUCUCAAGGAAGCCAAUCAGCAGAUCGAUCCUCGUCUCCAGGAGAUGACUCGCUACGGCGGAGGCGGAGGAGGUGGCCGUGGGUAUGGUGGUCGUGGACGUGGAGGAGGUGGUCGCGGCGGCGGAGGCUGGACCGGCAGCAACACGGCACCCCUCGGAGGAGGUCGUAGCCGCUGGUAA